AUGGCCCUCAAAUCUUUCGUUCUUGGCGUUCUGCUGUUUAUUGCUGUUGGGGUGUGUGACAGUGCCAAACCGAUUCCCAACGGGAAUCCAAGUGUGACAAUGGUAACGGCUGUCAGAAGAGUGGCACUGCGGCCGACAUCAACAGGGAUUUCUCCCGUCGCAAAGGCGACCUUGGACAACAACGUGACGGCUGAAUCCAGUCCCCCUCUUCCCGACCCUCCACGCACAUGCGUUCGCGAGGCUCUUGUUGCGCUGGCGAACUGGCGCUUGCAUUGCGAUCGCGGAAGCUUCAUUCCUCCGUACAAGUGCUGGACCCGGGCCCCCAGCAUCGAACGCUGCUGCGGCAAAUGGGUGGACGAGGACGACCAAAAUUACAAGGGUUAUCCAUCCGUCCGAAUCAGCAAGGAGGUGCAAACCGGCGAGACGUCAUGGGAAUGGCAGUGGAUCCCCCAGGUCGACAACAAGGGCCACCGCGAGGUCAUUUUGCAGACCGUGGACGAGUAUCACUCGGACAAGACCGAGUGCCAGCGCUGGCGGGCCGAGGACAGGAAAGAGUUUAUGGCCUUCCUGCAGAACCUGGACGAUUACGGGAUUUAUGACGCUGAUAAUACUGGAAAGGUUCUGGACAGCACUGUACCGAGAUACAACCCCGAGGGAGGAGGCUAUUACGACGAUGGCAACCCGAAAUACCCCUCCUUGCCAGAUGGACCGCCGAUCGGAUGGUAG